GUAACAAUUUAGUGGACUAAAGAGUCCCAUUUAAAGCACAGUGGAAGUCGUUUGUUUAUGUUGAAGUUGCGUAGCUUUACCUAACUUAGCUUAGCUUGCGAGCUAACACAAGUUAAAGCACUCCGAUUGCUUUGGUUUAAUGCCGCUUCCGAUUUGCAAACUUUGUUUUCAGGAAAAGUAGAUCGGUUAAUUUGAGAGUGAUUACAUUUAAUUGUGUAAGACCCUUCUCCGCUUGUCUUUUAUGCAACAAAUUACUACGAAGUGAACGCCAACGCAAUCCCAAAAGUCCAGGUCAAUGACGAGAGGAAAAUUCAGCUGACCAACUGAAAAACAAAAGAAAAUGAGGUUGUUGUGUGCAGGUUACAUGGCAGGAUGUAUCUGAGGAGAACUUUUCUACAAGUCCUUCCAUGAUCAAACUGUUCCGCAGACAUCACUGUAGAAGAUGUUCACCCUGAGAAGCACGAUUCCCUCCACUUGAAACAGAAGGAGUCCGAGAUGCUGUGUAUCAAACAGGAGGCAAAUUGUACCGCAAACGUCACUGUCGAAGGUCUUCACCAUGACAAGCAGGAUCCCCCACACGUUAAACAAGAAGAGGAGUCCGAGAUGGCGUGUAUCAAACAGGAGGCAGAGCCAGAGACCCCCGACAUGAAAGAAGAAGACCAGGAAGUUGAAAUCCCCAAGUUUCCAAUGGGUGUGAAGAGCGAAGAAGACGAAGGACCAAGCGCAGAGAGCGGAGCAGCGAAGCCUUCGAGCGACAGCUCAUUUCAGCACUUGACAACAAAAGCAGAGGGACGAUUGCAACCGAACGGCCUCUUAGCUCCGCUUUCGGACAGCGACGACGUAACAUCACAUUCUUCUGACUUUAAUACUGAUGAGGAGGAUGAUGACUGUGACCAAAAUGCUUCAAAAUCCUUAAAGAAGUCAUCAUUGAAAAGAGACACAAAGAAACGUGCGGUUGGGAAACCUUUUCCCUGCUCACUCUGUGAUAAAACAUUUUCAGCGAAAUGGUAUUUAAAAGUACACAUGCGUACACACACCGGGGAGAAGCCUUUUGGCUGCACAUCUUGUGGUAAACGAUUCACCAUUAAGGGAAAUUUAUCCAAACACACACGCAGCCACACUGGAGAAAAGCAGUUCGCCUGCACACUUUGUGAUAAAAGGUUUUCUCAGAAGAUUACUUUAGAAGGACAUAAGUACACACACACUGGAGAAAAGCCUUUUGCCUGCACACUUUGUGGUAAAAGAUUUUCUCAGAAGAUUACUUUAGAAGGACAUAAGCGCAGACAUUCCGGAGAGAAGCCUUUUGCCUGCACUAAUUGCGAUAAAAGAUUUUAUCAGAAGACUCAUUUAGAAAGACAUAAGCGCACACAUACCGGAGAGAAGCCUUUUGCCUGCACACUUUGUGGUAAAAGAUUCAUCGAUAAGGGAGAUUUAAACCAUCAUACAAGAACACACACUGGAGAGAAGCCUUUCUCCUGCACACUUUGUGGUAAAAGAUUUUCUCGGAAGACUUCUUUAGAACGGCAUAAGCGCACACAUACCGGAGAGAAGCCUUUCCCCUGCACACUUUGCGAUAAAAGAUUUUCCGAGGGGAAUAAUUUAGAACGGCAUAAGCUCACACACACUGGAGAAAAGCCUUUUGAAUGCUCACAUUGUCAUAAAAGAUUUUCGAAAAAGAAUAAUUUAGAACGGCAUAAGCUCACACACACUGGAGAAAAGCCUUUUGCAUGCUCACAUUGUGGUAAAAGAUUCGCUCAGAAACAAACUAUAGCAAGGCACUGUUGGAAUUGUUGUGCAUACAGUUAAAAUUUAUGCUUUCCUUAUAGUUAGGUACCAGAUAGGAUAACCUCUGUCUAGUUAGCCUUUCCUUUGUUCUGGGCAGAGGUUACGCUAGACAUUUUCGUUGUCUGUCAUUUUGACUGACAGUGUCAUAAAAAUCCGGUCAUAGUCUAUUUUUACCUGUCACUUAAAUUUUUAAAAUGAUAAUGAUGACAUAUUCAAUAGUAUGUAGUAUUCAUUCAUUUUUAAUUAAUAUUGUAACGCUUGCUUGGCGGCGAAAAAUUAGACACGGAAGUCGUGGUAUUUUUCUCCCUUUUUACUCUGCUUACCGCCAACAACUCCGCCCCCAAAGAAAAAGAGGCAACGAAAUAGACCCCAAUCACCAACGUCACACAAUGAUCUUAAUUGUGGUUGUCAGCCCAAAAUCUUCUAAAUAUAUAUUAAAUGCAUCUUACCAGAUAUAAAAAGACUACUACAUAGUCUGUGGUGAUCGUUUGGUACCCAGAUUUCUUGUCAAAUUACAGCAGUCCAUCUCGCUCUCAUCUUCGGGUCUCUCAGAAUUCGGUAGAACUUCAAGUCUCUCCGUCUAUCUUGUCUGUGACAGCAACCAACCGCCACACACGCCUUCACCAUUUUGGUUAUUAAUAUUAACGAGCAGAAAAACACGCCGUAAUAGGAGGCAUGUACGUAGCGGUAAUGUGUAAACAUGACGAGCUGACACACAAUAUGGCGGCUCCGGUCAGGGGGGCGGAGUUGUGACGUCAUGUGAUUGGGGUCUAUACACAGGCGGCAAUCUUGUCCAUCAAUUGGAUGACGCGCUGGCACACCGGGUGAACCAAUAAGAACCUCGCGUUGAUGUGUCAAUCACGGUGCCGCCGCCAGACCCCGGUGACGCUACAAUAUUCUGACAGAAGAGCCAACGACGUCAUGCAUUAAGAGAGACAAUAGCUAAUUAAUAUGCUAACUCGCCACCCUGUGGUCUGGGGUGUGAAUUGCAACCUGUCAAAAUGACGUACGGACUUCAGUUGUUUCCAUCACCGUUUUAAAAAAACGGUCAACGACGGAAAAUAUCCAGUUAACGCGACCCCUGGUUCUGGGCCAUGUGGCCCUCAUGUGAUCUACUCAAUGUCCCAUGAUGCCUUCCUGACCCCUCCCAUCCUAUUGUUUUCCCCUGAAUAAAUAAGGCUGCUUCACAGCAGCUUGGGGGGAGCAGCAUCCAACCUCCACAAAAGCUACAUCGACUUCCUGCGUGUUCUUCUUAGCCAAGCUAGGUGUACAUAAACCUAGCUUCAACUCUAACAUUUUCUUGGUCCUUUCGAGCCGGGACGCAACAUAUCUGGACGACGCCAGCCAGCAAGAACUAUCACUAUCAAGUUUCAACUUUUUACUGAGGUGAGGUGAUUUUUCUGGUUUGUUGGCGUCCAAGGAUUGACGUGUUGCCGAAGCACAGUAGAAGAACAAGCGGGAGGUAGGUUUAGUUUUUGUUGUAUGACUGUGUGUGUAAAAUAGGUUAAAUUCCUUCGAGCGGUAACUCGUAAAAGCGUACUAAAAUAGGUUUUGCAAUGGUUUCCUCCGAGCGGUAACUUGUAAAAAUUAGGACGGUUCGUGUAAUCGUUGAGAGCGGUAACUCUCAGAAACUAGGUUUGGUAUUCCUUGAGAAGUUACUCAUAAAUUACUAGGUUUUAUACGCGCGUAUAAAAGCCUUUCCAAGGAUUCUCAUCAGGACUUGGAAGAAUACCUGAAGGACUUUUGUCUUAUAGGGGGUUUAGUUGGGUUUGGUAUUCCAUCCUUGAGAAGUUACUCAAAAAAGUAUUAGGUUUUAUACAAGAGUAUAAAAGCCUUUUCAAGAUUCUCUCAGAACUUGAAUAAAUUCCCGAACGAUAGUUAGUCUAAUAGGGGGUGUGAAUGAAAACGUGUAAUUUUUUAAAAACUGUUUUACAGGUGUGCGGGUGCUGAGCACAUGGAUGCUUCUAACGUGUUCUUCUAAUGUGUUUGGUUGCUAAUGUAGCUUGUGUUCCUUUGUGUAUGUCGUUCGUUAAAACGUUUGCUAGUAUGCUCAUUUCUGAGUUAAAUUGUGUGUAAAACAUAGUGUUCGACAGUAACUUGUAAUUGGAGCUAGUCUGUUAGCGUUACACCAAAUCGAUAACAUAGGGGAAUAGAACAGCGAAGUUUGAACAUAUUGAUUGCGUGUAUAUGAAGGCACAUUACCCAGUUUCAGAAAAGUACUUAAAGAAGUGGCGAAAGAAGUUUAACUUUAAUGGUAAACUGGACUUUGAAGAGAUCGAAGUUAUUAUAAAUUGCAUCAAGGCGAAAGCGUGUGGCAAUAGAGAUAGACAGAAAAAACCUGGCUUAACUGAGGCAUAUAGGUGGCUUUCUGAAGCAAAGAAACGGACAAAGUCAAAUGGUAUCUUAGCAUACAAUAAAUUUAAGAGGGACAAUGUGACUGUGAGAUCUAAUCAAACUCCUGCUUCUCCGCAGCGGGAGGGGGAAUUUGUAAAUGGGGAGGUCUCACCUAGUGCACAAGAGGUACCCCUCUGUGCUAACGUCUCUACUUCCGUCUGUCCUCCGGAAGCCAAAUAUCCAAAGCUACCGAUUCAAAGUAACACUUUGCCAAUUUAUAACCCACCAGCAAUGCAGGUUAUAACACGUAGCCAAAUGCAACAUAGCUUACACAGUUUACCGGAAAUGGGAGGAAAUCCAAUUGUAAGCGACGCAUUUCCAGUGAUUGAAGUUGCGAAUCCAAAUUGCACUGAUGGACGAAACCCCACAAUGUUAGUUUAUCGUACAUGGACAGUUGAAGAUGUCAAAAAAGCGGUAAACGGUGUCACAAACCCUCAAAUUAAUGUAAACCAUUGUAUUGAGGAUUUGCAACACUUUAUUGAAUCUUACCAUUUGAAUGGUGUAGAAAUUCAACAAGUGUAUAUGACACUUCUAGGCAAAGAUUGGGCACAUGUCCGAGGUGAUUAUAUUCCCACACGAGGUGAGAAUAUUUUAGCGCACAAUGACGGAGAGCUCACAAGGAGAAUUGCUGAAUUGAAUCAGCGUUUGAGAACCAAAUUCAAACGGAAAGCCGAUUUCAGUAUAAUUGGUCAAACAAAACAAAGAAAUGAUGAAUCUUUUGAGGAUUUUGUUAUUCGUUUGACCGAAGUUUUUGAACAGCACAGUGGUUUAAUGGAAGAUUAUGAUGAUGCUGGUCCGUACAGACAACAAUUACAGAACGCUCUACAUGCAAACAGCACUAAGAGAAUCCAUGAUUGGAUUACUAAACACCAGAUUGGCUAUCCAACUAGUACUCUACAAGAGUAUAUAACACAUGCAAUCCAUGCUGAUAGAAAUUGUAAAAAAGAAAACGCAGGUGUAUACCUAUUUGCGAAACAAGGUAGUGUUGAAAUGUUUUUCCAAGAAGUACACAAAAGUGCAAAUUAAUAGAGACUAAU